AUGAGGAGUGGGGGUGGCUGGGUCCACUGGAGAGGCUGCAGCUCAGUUCAAGAAAAUGCCGACAGCGACGCUUAGCACUCGAGGUCGUCAUGGCGACAGCGAGAUGAACGUGUUCCUCUCCCAGGGCAGGCCCCGAAUGUGGAGGAGCUGCUUGGAGAGGCACAGCUCAAUCACCAGAGCCUGUUGGGCCAUAUUGUGGUUGAGACAGAACAAUGGGAACUUACUGAUCCUGUUUUCUCCAUGGCCCUCAUAAUCCCAGCCUCUGAAACCAUUUCUGACAAGCAAGCUGCCUGGAAUAGCCCCUUCUGUCUUCCCAUUCUAGAGGUAAAACAGUGGCUUCAGCCUUACUCCAAACAUUCUGACACUGUACCCAUCAAUGUCUCUGGUUGCCAAUCAGAGUAUGCUACUAUUAGUCUCAAUUUGUCUCUUUCAGGUCACAAAAACAGCUCAGUAAGCACUGUGGCACACCCUACUAACUCAAACAUCAGGCCCAGUCAUUCAGUUCCAAAUGCUGUUCAUGGAAGAGUUGCUGUUGGUUAAUAAGCUCAAUUCUCAACUCUCACCUUGCCCACAAUGAGAAAUCCUAGAUCCCAAGGUCCCUGUGGCACAAACUCUUCUAGCAUGGAAAACAUGGGAAUAGUGUACAGCAUCCCUAGUUUUUACAAUAGACCAAAGUAAUCAACAUUCUCCUAUUCCUGGAAAAAAUGCUUUUACUAUAUGUUACACCAAUAUCCCCAGCUGAACAAGCAAGUUACUGAAAAUGGGGAAAAUCCUUACUCUGAAAAUUCUUGUUUUUUUUUUACCACACUGCCACCUCUAAUUCCAAAGAAGGCUGCCCUCCUCUUUGCAACUCAUGAUAACUUUGCAUAAUGUAAUAAAUUAACAAGCUACACUGAGAAUACUUUUCAGAAAAUACAGGACUUAGAACAAUCCUCAAUGCCUGGCCUUUCUACAGGCUCCUACACCUCAAGGCUGGAAAUAGGCCAUGAUGGGGCAAGCAGAUUUCAAGGUCAGUAGCUCUCUGUGUCCACAGACUUGGGCACCAUAAAUAUGAACUAUGAAAAGAUAAGAAAAGCCAGAGAAGCAUGUGCUCUGCCUCUGCCAGAACAGAUUCUUAGGGCAGUGAGAAUUCCAACAAUCACCUCCUUUAGUGCCCAACAAGAGGCCCAGCACCAAAGACAGAAGGCUAAUAGUACCUCACUCAAGAAGAAACAAAAAAAGCCCACUUCUGAAACACACAGUGUCUCGCUGGUCAAAGAUGAGCCUGUCUUUGUGCAUCACUUGCUAAGGACCAGACCAAGGAGACUUUGCCUCUUUUUGAAACACCAAGGCCAUCAAUAAUCACAUCCACAUGCUCAGAGUCAUCCACCUGUGUCCACCUUUAAAGAUCCUGAAGGUACACAUUUCUCCCACCACUGAUAUCUCACCGACUGGAAGGCUAAUGUCACUAGCAAUCCUUGUUCAGCUCCAGCCACUGCCACUGGUACCAUGGUCAUUGAUUGCACCCCAGGUUCAGGAAGCUCAGAGUCUCUGCCUUCCAGAGACUUCCACUAUCUACUUCUAGAGCCACAAACUCCUUCACAAAUCUCCACUGAGGUAGAGGCCAGGGAACUUUCUCCCCAAGGAAGGCUUACUGGGUUAAAGUCACCCUUCAGUGGAUACUCCAUCAAGUCAGAGGACACUAAUUCCCACUCUCUCAUGGCCUUGACUCUUGAUCAUUCUUCCCCCUCACCCCUGGUAUCUGUCUGUUAUGAGUAUCUCCAUCUAAACAAAACCAAGGAGAGCCUAUAUCACUCAGAGACAAAUUUGGGGGCCAAACUGACCCAGAAGAAUAGUUCCAACCCAACUACAAACAUUGAGCAUUUAAAAUUAAGUAAAAAGAAAGAAAAAACAAUCAUUCCCAUGGUUACUCAGUAAGACUUCCAUUCAAUUUACCUGCAGACAGUCAGCAAAUCAGAUGGCAUUGAGACCUCAACUAUAUGUACUGAGGAGCCUGGAACAGUUGUCUUCACCCUGCCUGAGAGAAAGCCAAAACGUCCCAUGGCUAAGAAACCUUGGCUGAUUGGAAGGCCUCUGAAUUUGAUCCACAAUAUGUAAUCUAUGCCCAAAGGAUGUCUACUAACUUCACCUUUCUUGGCUCUGACCCCCAAGAGUUCAAUUCAGCAUAAGAGGAAAUUCUCUCAAGAUAUAUACAUGUUGUUCCAGAAACUAAAGUCCCCUACCAUUCCUGAAGCAAAAGCAGGCAACAACAACCCCAUCUCUUUUCUUCACACUUUUGUCAUUCAUGGUGCUUUCUUCUCGGGAACACAACAACUACCCCAGGGAAGUAGAAAAAAUGAGGGACCCAAAAUAAGAAUCCUGCCUCAAAGCCAAUAAGAAGCUGAGGAAAAAAACUAAAAUUUCACCUUCUGUCCCAAAAAGCAGAGUGUUCUAUACCUGCCUCUCACCUCCUAUUCAGAACAAAUGAAAGCCUAUAUCCUUGAAUCAAGGCUGCCUCUCAGAACCAUCACACUGGAGUGUCCUCCUACAAGGACAACUUCAGUGCCUAAAACUGAUGAUGAAAGGGAUGUAAGCCCUUUGACUGAAUGGAUUGUGGAAGAUGUUGAUGAGGUAUUUGUGUAUUCAUGCACAGCUAAAAUUUUAUUUGCUGUGAUUCACAGGGACACAUAUCUGACCAAACUUCAGUAUAGUAAAGCGGAAGGGCAGUACAAAGUUAUGGGCGAUGCACCUGUCUUAGGCUACCUGGGCUGCUACCAUAAGGGGCACCUGAGAGAGGGGCAAGUGUUGCAUCCACCUUGUGGGCCCAAGCUAAUCCCAUCGUGGGCAACAUCGCAGCCGGUCCCAGGGAUCAGGGAGAAGCCUGAUCUGCAAGAGUCUGAAAUUCUUCAAAAUCUAAAGAUUCAGAUGGAAUGA